CUCCGCCAAACUAAACCCCUCCCGUUAUUCGCCUGCCUAACAGCUCUUGAACUUCAAUUCUCCCAAAUUGAAUGUCAUGACUCCCUGACAGUUUGUAUACUUUUGUACAUUGUACGAUGACCUAUGCAACCGCCCUGACUGGUGUUAGUCGUUAAUCAUCUUGUGCCUUAUCGUUCCCUAUCGCCUUCUCCGCACCGUUCCCGGUUGACAGUCUGACACCUCUCCACUCCGUUCCAUUCGUCCCUCUUCCAAUUUCUCAACCUCCCCUUUCGCUCUUUCAAUCUUUCUUUACACCGACCCCCCACACCACCACCCUCGACUGGCAUUGCCCUCUACCUCUCUCACGCCGUGAUGCGUGUCCUCCCCUCCGUCCUGCUGCUCUCGGCCCUCUGCCAACCCAUCUUGGCAGUCCCCGCCGGUUCCAGCAUUGCACCCGGUGCUCCGCCGCCACUCCAGCCGAUCAAGCUUCUCGACCAGCCCUCCAACCCGCGCCGCCCAUGGACUCGCCUGCGUGACUGGCUCAUUGAGUCGGUCUGGGGUCUACCCCGGACGUGUCCCAAACAUACCGGGAUUCCGUCUAACGUGCGCGAUCGCUACGGCAGCGAUGUUGUGGUCCGCUUUCAUCUGCGUCAUCCCGACGAUGCGGAGGCACUAGCCUCGGCUUCGAGGGUAUUGGUGCUUGAUAUCUGGGCCAUUACCGCGCAAUAUGUAGAUAUUCGACUCGCUGAAGAUAUGAUUCCUUCUCUCCUCGACCUGCUACCCCCUUCCCUCCGCUCAAACCAUACCCCUCUCAUGGACGACCUUGUCGAUAUGAUCUAUAACACCUACCCAAGACAAUUACACCAUUCAUCCGAUACGGAACCAGAUUUCAGAUCCGGGAGCAGGCGGACUGCCACCGCGCCGGUCGGCGAUGUCUUUUUCCUUGACUAUCAGCCCCUCUCCGUUAUCGUGCAGUGGAUGCGACUGAUGGCAUCAAUGUUCCCUACGCAUACCCGACUCACCAGUGUCGGACUCUCCCACGAGGGACGAGAUAUUCAUGCGCUGCGAGUUGGCAUUACACCUUCUCCGUUGGGGCCGGACGGCCCGCGCAAGACGAUCGUCGUGGUGGGCGGUUCCCACGCCCGAGAGUGGAUCAGUACCUCCACGGUUACCUACAUCGCAUACAGCCUCAUCACCCAGUAUGGCCAUUCUGCCGAGGUCACCCGUCUCCUUCACGAGUAUGAAUGGAUUUUGAUCCCAACCCUCAACCCGGAUGGCUACGUCUACUCGUGGGAGUCGGAUCGUCUCUGGCGCAAAAACCGGCAACCCACCGGCCUGACUUUGUGCCGGGGAGUCGAUCUGGACCGAGCUUGGGACUUUGAAUGGGACGGCGAGUCCACCCGGUCGAACCCGUGCUCUGAAAACUACGCAGGUUCGGAGCCCUUCGAGGCACUCGAGUCCCACCGGCUGGCCCAGUGGGCGCAGAACGAGACCGAUAGCGGCCGCGCCGAUAUCGUGGGCUUUUUGGACCUCCACUCGUAUUCCCAGCAGAUCUUGUAUCCCUACUCGUAUAGCUGCUCCUCCGUCCCUCCGACCCUGGAAAGCCUCGAGGAACUGGGUCUUGGUUUGGCCAAGGCCAUUCGCCAAUCUACCCACGAAUCCUACGAUGUCACAUCCGCUUGUGAGGGUAUCCUGCCAAACGGCGAAGCCGCCCACAUCAGCUCCGGCGGCAGUGCCCUCGACUGGUUCUACCACAAGCUGCACGCGACAUACUCAUUCCAGAUCAAGCUGCGAGACCGCGGUAGCUACGGCUUCCUGCUUCCCCCCGAGCACAUCGUCCCCACCGGCAAGGAAAUCUUCCACGCAGUGUUGACAUUUGGCCGAUUCGUCUGGGGCGAGAAGACUGUCGAACAUGACGAGACCGACAUUCCAGCUUACAAGCCUCCGUUCAAUUUUGAACAGAAGCCGUUGUCGAAGAAGUAGAUGAUUCAUCUACCCUUGUGAAAUUUGAGAUGACUGAUCUGCAUGUACUUAUGUCAGGCGUUUGUGGGUUCUUUUGAUAUGGAUUUUUAGGUACAGGACUGUACAUAGUGGGCUUUUUUCAGGGACGUAAGUUCUUUCGAUGCGAUUCAGGCAUUGGACAUGACGAGAUAUGAACCAAAAUGUGAUUUUUUGAAUCAUUUCAGA